GCUCACAGAAGCAUACCUGACAUAUCAUCUCAUCCACAUCAGAGACCUCCUGAUUAUGGCGUUUUGGGUGCAGACAGCUUUCCUGCUUGUCAACAUCAUAACAUCAGCGGUAAGAGGGAGAGUGGAAAAAGAGCUGUCUCCAGAGUGCAGAGAAUUCCUCUAUAUGGGAACACCGCCAGCCGGGCUGGAGCACCACUCCCUCCGGUUCAUUUGUCAACAUUACAACAAGAAGCCACGCUAUGUGACGCUGUACAACACUGUGGACCACAUACCUGUCUACUCUGCCUACACCUUCAAACGCACAGAUGGGGAGAAAUGUGUGGAUGUGCCUUGGAUGUAUGAACCUCAGCUAUCUACAUCCUCUGACACAGACGAGAUGCAGCCCUUCCCACGUGGUUACAUGCACAUGAAUUUUGAAGAUGCCCAGGCUGUUCUGGAUGAUUAUACAAACGCCAUCCUCUACGAGCGUGGUACCCUCAACCCGGAUGAGCAUCAGGACGAGCCUGACGACAAGGCCUCCACCUACACCCUCACUAACGUUGUGCCUGUGGUGCCCGACUUCAACAACAGGGUCUGGAGCAAACAAGAGCACACAAUCCGCAAACGGCUCAACAACUACUGCCGCGGGACAGCUUACGUCGUCACAGGUAUCACCACCUCGGGGAAGAUGAUCCGCCGGGAAAACAUCAAUCGCAUUGCAGUACCCACAUACUUAUGGUCAGCCUAUUGCUGUGUGGACUUUGACCACAACGCACCUUACAAUGAGCGCUACAAGUUCCCGUCUUUUGCUCACUAUGGCCUCAAUGAGGAGGAGAACAACGAGGUGGUUGAAAUCUCUGUCCAGAAGCUGAAGGAGUUCCUCAGGAAGACCACCUUUGUAGACCAGAACUUUCAGAUCUUUGUCAGUGACUGUGUCCCGCCUGCAUCGAGUAAAACUGAAUAA